AUGGCCCCAGCCAAGCGUGUCCGUCCCAGUAUCGCCGGAACCUCAUCAGCCAGCCCUGCUGCAACGUUUGAGGAACCCCCAGCCAAGCGUUUCCGUCCCAUUAAGGUCGUGGCCGCAUCUGCGCCUGCCCAGGUGACAGAGGUUGGUAUUCUCCCAGUAAAGGCCAAGGCUGGCCGUCCCAAGAAGGCCACACGAUUCCAGACCUCGAUCACUUUCAAGUCGGAGCCUUUGGAAGAUGCUAAUUCUGAGCGCAUUCAGGCACGAUCCGAGGCUUAUUGGAGAGAUCAUCAGUGGACGCCGGGUCACGAUCCCAAGACAGACACUCCUGGCUUGACCUCAGAUGCUCAGCCGGCAGCUUCUAUCCCCGCAUUGGCGCCUGCUACUGGAAACAAGCGUGUCCGGGCAACUAAUAAGGCGACCGAUAAAUUGCCCAAGAAGGAGCUCUUGUCAACCGCAAGCAAGAUUGUUUCGUAUUGGUACGAGCAGGCGGCUAAGGUGGACUUGAACAAGCCAAAGAAGGGAGUUAAUGCUAGGAAGGCCCGUGGUGCUUAA